GGUACAAAAAUUAUUUUAUUGUAAUUUUGGUUCGAUUUGGUUCGGUUUUAUAGGAAUGAACACCUAUAGUAGUGGAUAAUGAACUUCUAAUCCCCACUGGUUCCAUGUGGAGGAAAUAUGGCCCUUCCCGAGGAGUGAAAGACAGAUUCUUGCCCAGAUGACAGCAGAUCACUCUUCUUCUCAUGGCUUCCUUCUUCUUCUUCUCCCCACCUGCGGCAACUACUCUCAGCCAAAAUUACCCUAAACCCAUUAGCUUUUUCUCCCCAUCAAACCCCACAUCAACUCCCCCAAUCCUCCUCCUCCCCCCCUCCUCCAAGAGAAACCCCUUUUCUCUCAAAGCAUUCUUUGACGACAUUUCAGACAAUUUCUCUGCAAUCCCUUCACAAUUAAGCCUCUCUCUGUCCCAAUUCCCCGGGUACCCCCAGUUUCUCCGGGUCACCCAGGAACUGCCAGAAGGGCAGAAAUGGGGUUUGCUUGUUUUUGCCGGAUUAACUUGGGUGUACUUGACUGCUAGGCCAGGUGUCCUUCUGGGCGCCAUUGAUGCCUACAUUCUCGCCCCUCUGCAGGCUGGGUUUGACAGUUUGAGCGGGACUCGGAGAUUGAAGAUGACAGAUUUCUUGGUUGGGGACAUAAUCGGAGAAGGGUCAUUCGGCGUUGUUUACUAUGGCGUGCUUCUUCCCAAGAAUGUAGCCCUUGAAGAAAUUGUCAAGAAAAGAAGAAGCCAAAGAGCUUUGGCCAAUGAUCCAAGUUUCAAAGAAAAGGUCAUCCUUAAGAAGGUAAAACUAGGGGUUGAAGGGGCGGUUGAAUGCGGCGAGUUUGAAGAAUGGUUCAACUACAGGCUGUCGAGAGCUGCACCAGAGACGUGCGCCAAGUUUCUUGGAAGCUUUAUUGCAGAGAAAACCACUUCACAGUUCACAAAGGGUGAGAAAUGGCUUGUCUGGAGAUUUGAGGGAGAUAGGGACCUGGGUGAUUACAUGAAAGAUAGAAACUUCCCAUUGAACUUAGAGUCUGCAAUGUUUGGUCGCGUCUUACAAGGGAUGGAUUCAAACAAACGAAACGCGCUAAUAAUCAAGCAAAUAAUGAGACAGAUAAUCACCUGUCUGAAAAAGAUUCACGACACGGGGAUUGUCCACCGAGAUGUGAAGCCAUCCAACUUGGUGGUUAUCGCGAAGAGGGGGAAAAUCAAGCUCAUUGAUUUUGGAGCAGCAACUGAUCUCAGGAUUGGGAAAAACUAUGUCCCCAACAGAGGCCUUCUUGAUCCAGAUUAUUGCCCUCCCGAACUCUUUGUAAUGCCCGAAGAAACCCCAAAGCCUCCUCCAGAGCCCAUUGCUGCGCUUCUUUCCCCAUUUUUAUGGCAGCUGAACAGUCCAGAUCUUUUUGACAUGUAUUCAGCUGGGAUAGUUCUUCUGCAAAUGGCGAUACCCAGCUUGAGGUCCUUGACAGGUCUAAAGAGGUUCAACCUGGAGUUGAGACAGGCAGGGUACGAGUUGAAUACGUGGAGGGAAAGGAGCGGCAGCAGAUCAAGGCAUGAUUUGAGCAUUCUUGAUCUUGACUCUGGAAGAGGGUGGGAUCUUGCUACGAAGCUCGUCUCAGAGAGGGGCCCGCUCAGGCGAGGCCGGUUGUCUGCUUCGGCUGCUCUGAGGCAUCCUUACUUCUUGCUAGGUGGGGAUCAAGCUGCGGUUGUCCUUUCCAGGUUCAGCUUCACCAACAGAGAUUAUUAAAAGAUGCAUAUUUGGCUGCUUAUGAUCUUACUCUACAUUUUGCUGCCAUUUUCAUUCACUUGCAUAUAGCCUUUGUUCAUAUUAUUGAAACUAUAAGUGAUUUUCUGACUCUUGUUUUCUAUUUUUGUGGUUUAGAAUAUUUACUCACUAUAGAUGAAUCUACAUCUACUUGGAGACAUAAUAAAUAUAAAUUUCCUUUUAAAGAAAAGGCUAAUAUGAAU